AUUCCUGUUUUUGCCAGUAAUCAAGUUAAAGAAACGUUUCCACUACUUAAAAAGAUACUUUCACACUACCUCGAUAUUUGUUCAGCUAUUCCAAUGGGAUUUUCACUUAGUAAAUCUGCUACUCAGGUAUCUGCCAUGCAUGGGAAUUCAAAAGUGGAUGAUCACUUAAGGCAAGGGACUGAGAAAAGCAGGCUGGAACCAGUUACUCAGUUAUUUCAAAACACCAAGAAGAUGAGAUUAGAAGACACAAACCAAGAAAACUUUACAAGGAUUGAAGGGACUGGCACAGGAUCUCUUUCAGAGAAAGCCUUGGGCUCGGUAGUAUAUGUUAUUGAAAGUGAUGGAAUAGAAAUGACAGAUAUGGAAUAAAGUAAUUUGUACAUAUUACCAAAGAAACCAAAAAUUGCUUUUGAUUAAGAGGUGGUGUUGAAUAAGAACUUAAUCUUAUUAGGAAAACCUAACAAAAUGAAGGAAGAUUAUUGCUUUAUUUUUCACUAUUUAUAAAUCAUCUUAGACUGCA